CUUUCGUAUUUUUAUCGCCAGCAGCUUUAUAUGUGUGAGCUAGCAGGCUGUGCGGGCGUCACGCGUGUGCCUGCCCAGCUUUCUCAGCUUUGGGAUUGUUUGCAGUUGCCGUAACUGUAAGGCCCUAACAAUACCCUAUCACAAUUGCGCAGUGUUUGGCAAAGCCGCUUCGCUCUGCUUUUGCCUGCUAUUGUUCCGAUUGAACUGAGAAGUCGUUCGACGGAAGCCUGCCACCUAUUUCGUGCUAACAGACAAGGUUUAGAGUUGCCGCAAGGCAGAUUUUUGGUUGCUGAUUUUAUCAGUGAUAUUGCUCUUGGGAACUGAAGGGAAGUGCACAAUGGGAUGUGAUGGUGGAACUAUCCCAAGGAGGGACGAGCUGGUGAGGACGAAGAAGAAAGGGGAGCAAAAAGAUAAGGACUCUGUGAGGAAAUUCAAGUGGCGUCACUGCAGUAUCAGCCAAAGUAGGCUGGAAAAGCCAAUAGUAGCAUGCGAGCUUGGAAAUAUCUACAGCAAGUCUUCAGUGCUGGAGGUACUGUUGGACAAGGAUAGCAAGCCUGCCUCAGCUGAACACAUCAAGGGAUUGAAGGAUGUUAAGAUACUGAACCUGACUAAAAAUGCAGCAGGAUCUGUGCAACCAUCUAAGGGUGAUAUGUACCUGGAUACUGAAGCAGCCGAGUUUGUCUGUCCUGUGGUUGGUCUAGAAAUGAAUGGCAAGUACAAAUUUGUGUUCCUGUGGUCCUGUGGCUGUGUGUUCUCAGAAAGAGCAGUAAGAAUGGUAAAAUCAGAAACAUGUCACAAGUGCAACACUCCAUUCACUGAAGAAGAUAUCAUUGUUCUGAACCCAGAGGGUGAUGAGCUAGACCAGAUGAGAACAAAAAUGGAGGCCAGGCGUGCUCGUACCAGGGCACUAAAAAAGGAAAAGCGGAAAGGCACAGAUGACCCUGCCACUGCAAGUAAUGAGCCUGAGGCCAAGAAGAAAAAGCCAAGCCAAGAGAAGCAGAGCAAGGUCCUUGCUGGACCCUCAAUCAACUUACCCAACAAUGGCAAGCUGUUGGAUCCAGCAUUUGCAAAGGCUGCAGCCACCUACAGUGUGGCAAAAGAUGGUCAGAAGACUGAGGUAUACAAGUCACUUUUUACCUCCCACAAGUCAGCCAAGAUGAGGCAGACUGCUCACUGGGUGACAUACAAUCCUCUGUUCAACUGAUAAGUCAUGGGUUUCUGUAAUGAAGCACCUGCUCCAUGUGAUUACAUGUUAUGUGUAAUGAUGGACAGAUUAAUUAUUACUAUACUGGUGUCACUUUAAAAGCAGAAGUCAUUCAUCCUUGGCAUACCACUCUGCAUUUUUGUGCAUAUGUUUUUCACCCAACCAGGAAAUUAUCUUUCUUGAACAGUGUAAUGCUGAUAUAAUGCAAUAAAUGAUGAAAACUA